AUGCAGCCAGUCAAAGAUCAACCUUCUCAUAUUUCGGCAUGGGUUAAAUUACGGGACCUCCCUCUAGAGCUAUGGAACCAGGAGUGUCUGAGUAGGGUGGCUAGUACUAUUGGUAAGCCACUUCAUGUGGAUCAAACCACAACUAAGACCUCCAGACAACCAGGUCUUCAUCAAACCACGUCGACCAGUGCUAGGAUAUGCAUUGAGAUCAGUGUUGUACAUGAACUCCCUAAAGAAGUGAGAAUUACAGUGGAGGGAGAAUCAGUUGUAGUGCCCAUUGAGUAUCAAGUGUUACCUCAAAUGUGUAAGCUGUGCCAAGUGUUUGGCCAUUCUACUGCCCAUUGCUCUAAGAAAUUACCCCCAACAACCAGUCCGAUCAAUCAAGAAUGGACCAUAGUGAGCAAUGGAAAACCCAAGAAUAACACUACUCAAACUUGCUCUACCUCCUCUACUUCACCAGGCUCUCCCAAGCAUGCUGCUGACCCUCAAGUAGAGCUUACUGAUCUAGAAGAUGAAUUCAAAAAGGUGCGAGAGAGUAUUGUGAGUAGUUCUAAGGAAACUUUGAUCCUUUUUCAAGAUGAGAUGCCUAUCCCUCAGCUGUCCAGAACUGUCAGUUCUCCACAUUGUCCUUCCACUAGCUUACCCCAUGAAAUCAAUGAAGAAGCUGCCAAUACUUCUAAAGAUUCAGUUUCAUUGUCUCAGCUAACUCCUGUGCACAAUGGCUCCUUACAAGAGGUGGAUGGCAAAAAUAAGGAAAUUAGCUCAUUUGGUCAGCAGGCUGAUUCUCCUAAUUCUGCUGCUCCAAUAGCCAGAUUAGCAGCUAAGAAAGCUGCCAAAAUAGCUGCCAAACUCAAAGUCCAAGAACCCCUUGAUCCCUGUGCCAUUUCAGACAUCAAAUUAAAGAUGGGGGGUUCCAAUAAAGCAGCGCAGCUUGGGAAACAGAAGAACUUUGCUAAAGGUUCUUCUCACAAAUCAGGGAAGUAA